CGAAGCGAAACAGCGUGACGGUCCUAUUGAAAUGAUAGGGGUAGGAAUCCAAUGGCAGAUUGUCUUGGCAGAGUGAAGUGAGACCGAAGAAAAUGAGUUCUGCCGGUACAACAGUUAUUUCGCCUGCCGAAAUAAGUCAUUCGCAGCUUAAGGAUGAGCCGACUUCUCACAGCGAGUUUAUUUCUGUAAUUUCCGAUCAGUUAAGCGAUGCUCAGCGCGUACUGGCUCGAUGUGAGAAGCUGCCUGCUACAGCGGGCACCGGCAAGCUUCGGAGAAAGGUCCAGGCUGAAAUCCGGUUUUACAAUCAGUGCUUAAAAGGACAAGUUAAAAAGAAGAGUCUUGCUGGGAACAACCUUCCGUACUUGUCAUUGUUAACCGAAUGCGCCUUGCGAGUACCGGGCUUCCAGGAUGUAAUGAAACCGUUCUCCUUUCCUAACUUCAACUCUGAAAAUAAAAGCGCGGUCGCAAAUGAAGACUGGCUUGAUCGGCCGGAGCGGAUCGUGGUCGACGUUGUUGCGGAUGGGGGCCGUUGCUGGAUCAAAGUCGCCGCCAGAAAUCCUGAGGCGCUUCUCGCUUCAAUGUUGGGUGACGGUGGAUACGGACGUCGCACUCUGCUGCACCAGAUACGGGAUAUGCUUGCAUGUGCAAGGUACCACCCACACCUUUACGCAUCGCCUGAGGUUAAGGUUCUUUUCGCCUGUUCACAACUUGUCCCAGAACAACUGAUUCGAAUUGUCGAAACGGCAGGUGCUAAAGUAAUAACCAUCGCUCGAACCGACAGCGGCGUCGACGACAGCGGAGAUCUCAUAACUCGUGAUAACUCGAUUUUUCGAGCUUUGCGACUCGAGGAGGUACCCGAGAACGCGGUGUUGAACCUGGACGUCUCAUCAAUGAUAGCCUAUGUUUCAGCGCUCACUAACGGACGCGCAAACUUUCGGUUUCAGGAAAAUAUCCUGACAGAGCAAGCUGAAAGCGAACGAAUCGAGCCCGUCAAGCCUGUCCUCAAGACGCUCUUCUCGUCUAGAAAACUUAUCUGUUGUCAGAGCGCUUAUGACGAUUUCAAACAAAUCGCGAGCGUAAUGGCGGGUCCAACGGAGGAUGCAGCUACGGUGGAGCUGUUAAAACUUCUCGAAGUUGUGCCGGAUGAGCCUUCACAGAAAACAUCGGAUCUUGACAUGAAGGGGAAAAUUAAAAAACGACCUUUAGUUAUCUUUGGUACUGGGGACACUCACAAGGCUGUAACGAUUACGGCCAACAUUGGUUUCCUGCGGGCUGCAGCUGGUCAGGGGGUUCAUUUCGUUGCAUUCGUUCACCCCUCUCGAGCCCUCACCGAGAACAAAGAGAUAACAGCUGUAGCCCUCUGAUAUCAUACGGACUGUCUUAUUUGGAGAAGCUCUGCGUCACAGCUGAAAAGUUGGAACAACAAAAAUAAUGAUCUUAUUUGCAAUAAAAAAUGGCCUCCCUAAAAUUCGAAUGGCCUACUGAUAGCCCUUAUCUUAAUUAUUACUUACCUAAAUAGAAAUGUGUGCAGAUCCAUAAAAGACCUUCUUACGUAUCAAUGACGUAAUACCGAAGUUAUAUCAGCUUUACCUUGAAACAGCGUUAAUCGACAUAUUAGUACAUGCUGUACAUGCUGUAUGUCCAAAGUUUCUGAAAGUUAAACUAAAGCAUUCAAAGCUAUUUACGUUUCGAUUUGUAUGCAGUAACUUAGGUGGAUGUCAAGGACUUCACAUGUUUCAGCAGCUUUACAUAUAUUCAUCGUGCAUUGCUAACGGCCUUGAGUUCACGGCGAUUACGCUUCUAUUUGCAUUCAACAACAGUGUAGUUUGGAGGCAAUGUGGCCU